UCAAGGGAAAAGCUGUGCUGAAAAGCCCUAGACGGGCACGACAAUAACAGUAAUAGGAAGUCAUACAACGGCAUGACAUGAUGAGAAGCUUUCUUCAUCUGUUGACGGUGUCCUUGUUUUUAGUCUUUCUCCAAGAAUGUUGGGGCCGGAAUGAAGAGGAACGCCUCAUCAACUACCUUUUUAAGGAGCGUGGCUACAACAAAGAGCUUCGUCCGGUCCAAAAUAAAGAUGAUACUGUAGAUAUUUACCUGGCGCUGACACUUUCCAAUCUUAUUUCCUUGAAAGAAGUUGAUGAAACAUUACUAACAAAUGUGUGGAUGGAGCAUGGCUGGACUGAUUAUAGACUUGAGUGGAAUGAAACAGAGUUUGAUAACAUUCCUGUCCUGCGCCUGCCACCAAGUAUGGUGUGGUUACCAGAAAUUGUUCUUGAAAACAACAAUGAUGCCCAGUUCCAGGUGGCCUAUUACUGCAACGUGUUGAUCUAUCCCAGUGGAUAUGUGUACUGGUUGCCUCCAGCAAUAUUUCGAAGCUCCUGCUCUAUUAACGUCAACUACUUCCCUUUUGAUUGGCAGAACUGCUCACUAAAGUUCAGCUCGUUAACUUACAAUGCCAAAGAAAUUAGCUUACAUCUGAAAGAGGAGCAGGACGAGGAAGGAAAGUCCUACAAGGUGGAAUGGAUCAUUAUUGAUCCUGAGGGAUUCACAGAAAAUGGCGAGUGGGAAAUUGUUCACAUGCCUGCCAGGAAAAACACUUAUAAAAACAUCCCAAUGGAAAGCAACAAGCACCAGGAUAUCACCUUUUACCUCAUCAUUAGACGUAAACCUCUGUUCUACAUUGUGAAUAUAAUCAUUCCCUGCGUGCUCAUCUCUUUCCUGGCCUCACUCGUCUACUACCUGCCUGCAGACAGUGGUGAGAAGAUGACAUUGUCCAUCUCUGUGCUGCUGGCUCAGUCUGUGUUUCUGCUGCUGAUUUCACAGCGUCUGCCUGAGACAUCUAUGGCAAUUCCCUUAAUUGUGAAGUAUCUGAUGUUUAUCAUGGUACUGGUCACUGUGGUGGUGUUGAAUUGCGUAAUUGUGCUCAACUUGCAUUUUCGGACCCCCAGCACUCAUGUAAUGACUGAAUGGACCAAAGAGUUCUUUUUGGAGAAACUGCCUCGUCUUCUGCGCAUGUCCCGUCCAGACGAUGACAAACCCACCCUGGAGGGGGCGCUGCCACGGCGUUCCAGCUCACUGGGGUACAUCGCCCAGGCCGAGGAGUACUAUAGUGUUAAAUCACGCAGUGAACUGAUGUUUGAGAAGCAGUCUGAGAGGCAUGGCAUGGCUGCUCGCCCCACUCCCAAAGCCACAUACACAUCCAGUAAUGACUCAGAGGUGUCAGAACAGCUGUACAACGAGAUGAAACCAGCUGUGGAAGGAGCCAAUUACAUCGUUAAGCACAUGCACGACAAAAAUGACUAUAAUGAGGAAAAGGACAACUGGAGUGGGAUUGCCAGGACAGUGGACCGACUCUGCUUCUUUGUGGUCACUCCAGUUAUGACCUUAGGAACCAUCUGCAUCUUCCUGAUGGGCAUCUACAACCAGCCACCAGUGCUGCCCUUCCAAGGAGACACUUUCACCUAUAAAGAAGAAAACAAGCGCUUUUCAUGACCUCUCUAUACCACACCAGUGUGCUAGAUGAAUAAUGAAUAAUAGCUCCAGCACUCUCAAAAAUGUCAUAAAGGAUAUUCUGACAGCAAUGCAAAGCAUGAAUAUAAAUUACUCUCCAUUUAGGCUGUUUAUGCAGGCUUGAUUACUAAUAUUAUGUUUGUGGUUUAAUAAGUGUGCAGAAUGAACCUCUUCUGCUGUGAGAAGGGGAAUAAAAUAAUCAUGCUUGCCUUUUCCUCCUGGGUGUAAUUGUUAUUUCAAUGGGUAAAUAAU